CAGAGGUGACGCGAACAACAAUAGAGUACUGUGUGUGUGUGUGAGAGCCGGCGUGAGCGGAUCAAUCAACCGAUCACAGAUCGAUCAGGAUGUCGUUUCAGAACAAGAAGAACUGCGCGAGACCCGCGGGCGACCGUCUCAUCAUCAAAGGAGGAAAGGUUGUCAAUGACGACCAGUCGUUCUACGCUGAUGUUUAUGUCGAGGACGGGAUCAUCAAACAGAUCGGGGAGAACCUGAUCGUCCCGUCCGGUGUGAAGACGGUGGACGCUUACGGUCAGCUGGUAAUCCCCGGAGGCGUCGACGCCAACACCAGCCUGCUCGCUCCGCAGAAAGGCAUGAACCCCACCGACGACUUCUACAACGGAACCCGAGCUGCUCUGUCCGGAGGAACGACCACCAUCAUUGACCACAUGCUGGUGGAGCCGGGUACUAGCUUACUGACGGCGUUCGAUCAGUGGAAGGAGACGGCGGAGCAGAGGGCGUGCUGCGACUUCUCUCUUCACCUGGACAUCACGAGGUGGCACGAUGGACUGUACGAGGAGCUCGAGUCGCUCAUCAAGGACAAAGGUGUGAACUCCUUCCUGUUCUUCAUGGCCUACAAAGACAAAUACCAGAGCUCCGACUCUCAGCUCUACGAGGCGUUUGGCAUCCUUCGGGAUCUUGGAGCCAUCGCACAGGUCCAUGCUGAGAACGGUGACAUCAUCGAUGAGGAACAGAAGAAGCUUCUUUGCCUUGGCAUCACGGGACCUGAAGGACACGUCUUAUCUCACCCCGAGGAGGUGGAGACGGAGGCGGUCUAUCGGGCCAUAACGAUUGCCAAACAGGCCAACUGUCCACUGUACGUUACCAAGGUGAUGAGCAAAUCUGCUGCUGAUGUCAUCGCCAAAGCCAGGAAGAAAGGUAUUGUGGUGUAUGGGGAGCCAAUCACAGCCAGCCUCGCCACUGACGGCUCUCAUUAUUGGUCCAAAGAUUGGGCAACGGCUGCUGCUUUCGUGAUGAGCCCACCUCUGAACCCUGACCCUUCAACUCCACAGUACCUGAUCUCCCUGUUAGCAUGUGGAGACCUCCAGGUGACGUCCAGCGCUCAGGCGAGCUUCUCCACGGCUCAGAAAGCUGUCGGUAAAGACGAUUUUACUCUGAUCCCAGAGGGAACGAAUGGCAUUGAGGAGAGGAUGUCCGUGGUCUGGGACAGAGCCGUGUCUACAGGGAAGAUGGAUGAGAAUGAGUUUGUCGCAGUGACAAGUACCAAUGCUGCUAAACUCUUCAACAUUUACCCGCGCAAAGGACGGAUCGCUGUCGGUUCGGACGCAGACAUCGUAGUCUGGAACCCAAAGGAAACAAGAACUGUUUCUGCAGAAACUCAUAAUCUGACUGUGGAGGUGAACAUCUUUGAGGGUUUGGAGUUCCGCGGCGUUGCGACGGUGGUGAUCUGCGGUGGUCGCGUCGUUUUCGAGGACGGGAAACUCAACGCGAACGAGGGAACGGGACGCUUCGUCGCCAGGAAGUCGUUCCCUGACACCGUCUACAAGAGGAUCCGAGCACGCAGCAAGAUGGCUGAAGCUCGCGGCGUUCCUCGAGGAAACUACGAUGGUCCAGUCCAUGAUGUCAUCAGUAUGACUAACUCAGUACCCCCCACUCCGACCACCCGGGGCCCCUCCUGUCCCAAAUCUCUGAUCGCUCCCCGAAACCUCCAUCGAUCAGGAUUCACACUGUCAGGAGCUCAGGUUGACGACCAUAUACCUCGUCGCUCCACUCAGAGGAUUGUGGCGCCCCCCGGAGGGAAAUCUAACAUUACCUCCUUAUCUUAGAACAAGAAGAAUUAAACUGUUAUUUUCUGUUUGACAACAACGAACAAAAUUCUUAAAAUGGAGGUCUGUACCUUGUACUAAACUCUCAAAACUAAGCACUUCAACUGGUACUCAACCUUGUUAAACCCCAGCACUUACAAAACUUUAUACUAUAAAUCUAACAGUUCGACUUUAACCCCUACUUAACGGCUAAAUCCUUUCAAACUCUGGAACUGUACCACUAGUACCUAACCAUAUAAAUUAAUUAAUUAAUUAAUCUAGUUUUGAAUCCUACAACUACCUUACCAGUGGUGCUAAACUGUAUUACGGUAUAAUUUUAUUAUAUGGACCCAACAACAACGCUGCCGCUGGUAUUAAACAACACAAAUCUGAAGAGUGUACAGCUAGUUCUCCACCCUAAAUAUGAAACAGUUUGGCAGAAAUGUCAAAACAGUAACUCGCUGUACUGAAUUCUUCAGUAGCGGUAAAUAAAAUGAAUAUGAACAGAAACCUUUAAACCAUACCAAUUUUAAACAACAUGUACUUGAUCUAGUACUUACACUUACACUAUCCUACUGCUACUAGUGAAACCUAUGAAAGUGCUACGAGAACUAAAUCCAAGAUAAUGGAUUAGCCCCUGUACAACACCCUACAUAACAGUACUGUUCUCCUACAAACACACAAAGACAAAAACAUAGAGAGAUCUCACAAAUCCUUUCUGGACAUCUACACGUAAACUGUCAAACUUAACUAAUGAUAAACCAGAAGAAAAGAAGUGAACCCUACACAACUAAACAAGCCUGAACGAUUUAGACAAUACAAUAUACUAGAGUAGAAUACGUUACCAGUUUGUUCCGUUCUACAUCUACUGCCAUCAAGUACCAUUGAAAGUUAAUUCUGGAACAAACAAAUAAAGCUCUUCCUUAGGGCUCCUUAUGAACCUCCGCCCCCUAAUUUGAUUGCCAUAGAAACAACUCCAACAACUGACUAAUUAAAACAGCAUGGUUGAAGCCUGUUUAAUGAAGGAAGGUUUAAGCACAUCAACACUACCUUAUUUAAAUGGCUGUAAAGUUAAAACUACAACUAGUUUACCACCCCCCUCUAGUACAUUUUUACCACAUAACUGCAACAGGUACUCUACAUCCAGUACUUCUUUCUUCAACAAACGUCGUAAAUACUACUAAACCCAACAACCAAACCCAACCCAACAACAACCAAGACCAACAAACAAAACAAUUAUACAACAACAACAACAACAACAACCAAACCAAUUAUAAGACUCGACCUAAAAGUAAAGAUGGUGGUAAUACUACUAAACCCAACCUAACAACAACCAAACCAACAAACAAAACAAUUAUACAACAACAACCAAACCAUUCUACCACUCCAACUAAAAGUAAAGGUGGUAACACUACUAAACCCAACCUAACCCAACAACCAAACCAAUUAUAAGACUCGACCUAAAAGUAAAGAUGGUGGUAAUACUACUAAACCCAACCCAACAACAACCAAACCAACAAACAAAACAAUUAUACGACUUGACCUAAAAGUAAAGAAGUUGGUAAUACUACUAAACCCAACUCAAC